CAAUACAUAGAAGGAUCUAAAAUAAUGGGAGUGAAAUAUUACGAGAUGGUGGGGCACGUCACACCGGUCCUUACACGUUAGGACAUUACUUUCUGGUGGCAUUCGAAACUGGCGUUUCACAUGUUGUACAACCAUUAUUCAUUACACGGCAUCUGAUCUCCUCCCUAAUGGAGGGAGUGACUAUCGUCCUGAUCGGCAUACUUCUGACCCUCGGACAGCCCGGACUCUCCCUUUUGAAUUUGUCCAAGGGACGCCCAACAAAUUCCUCAGAUUUUCGGGAAGGAAAGGGAGCUUCAAGUUUAGUUGUUGAUGGAAACGAUUCCGACUUUUUAAGCGAUCCGAAUAAUGCAGCCAUCCCACAAUGUCUGUACACCAUAUCAAACCAGAAAACCACAUUCUGGCAGGUUGAUCUUGAGCAAAGGGUCGUAAUAGAUCAUGUGGAAGUCAUAUCCAGGAGAGGAGGAAUUGGCCAGCGUACGCAUCAAAUACGUCGGAAUGGAUACUCCAUCAUUGUGACGGCGUCUUCCAGAUAUCUACCCAUUACCCAGGCCGACAUUUGUUACAGUGACACGGACCCUGCACUAAGUAGUGCAAACCACGAAAACCAGUCCUGUAGUAACAUAGGACGUUACAUCACUUUUUACAAUCAAAGGGAGACACUCUCUGGAUCAGACUAUAGUCUGGAUGCAGUUCUGGAAUUGUGUGAGGUCAAGGUAAUGGGUUGUCCCAUAAACAAGCAUGGCCUAAACUGUUCAGAAGACUGUCCCGCACGCUGUACCAACAAUCUAUGCUUCCCCGGAAAUGGAACCUGUAUGCGAGGUUGUAAACCAGGCUACACCGGAUCCGCGUGUGAAAAACCGUGUGACGAUUACUUCUUCGGACAAAACUGCGCUUUGGAAUGUUUCUGUGCGGCUGGACCAUGUAUUACCGUGGAAGGCAAGUGUCCUCAGGGAGGAUGUUCUGCUGGAUACAACGGGACAUCAUGCAACACGGAGUGUGUGGAUGGUACAUUUGGCGACAACUGUGGAAGUAAGUGUGGCCAUUGCAUAAAUGGACCAACUACGUGUCACCACAUUGAUGGAUCAUGCAGAUCUGGCUGUUCGCCUGGAUACAAGGUCGAAACGUGUAUUGAAGUGUGUGAUCCAGGGAAAUAUGGCUCGCAAUGUAGCCGUCAUUGUGGACGUUGUUUCAACGGGGCACCAUGUCACCAUAUCAAUGGCACGUGUUUGACCGGGUGUGCUGCCGGUAAACAGGGCAACACAUGUGACACAGAUUGUACCCCUGGUAUGUAUGGUCCGAACUGUGAAAACACAUGUGGUGACUGUAAGGGAGGUCCACGUACGUGUAAUAUUACCGACGGGUCGUGUCCUGGCGGAUGUGCAGCGGGAUGGCAGGGACCACUUUGUAAAACUGGUUGUCCAAUAAACAAGCAUGGCCUAAACUGUGCAGAAGACUGUCCAGCACACUGUACCAACAAUCUAUGCUUCCCCGGAAAUGGAACCUGUAUGCGAGGUUGUAAACCAGGCUACACCGGAUCCACGUGUGAAAAACCGUGUGACGAUUACUUCUUCGGGCAAGACUGCGCUUCGGAAUGUUUCUGUAAGGCUGGACCAUGUACGAUCGUGGAAGGCAAGUGUCCUCAUGGAGGAUGUGAUCCUGGAUACAGUGGGACACCAUGCAGCACGGAGCGAAUUUCUCAAGAUCAAACUGAGGUUAUUGGAUGCCACGAUAGCCUUAACAAUACUAAAGACGUAACCGGAUACGCUAUACUUGGGACUGUUCUGGCCAUUUUCGUUUUCUACAACAUUGGAUUGACUGUGUUUUAUCUAAGACAAUCCAGGAGGAUCAAAACGCCCCCUAAACCGUCAACAGCCUAUGAAAUGCAGCCAAACAGUGUAUCCCAGGACCAUUCCAACUAUGAAGGUUUAGACAUAACAAAAGUAGAUAACGUUAAAAACAUUUAUGAAACAAUCGGGGAGUAAAGAAGAAUCUGUAGUGAAAACGAUGCAAAAAGACGCAUGACAAAGAGUGACAUGAUGAUUCUAUUAUUGUAUUACAUAAAGCAGUAUGCAUUAAAAUCGAAUCUAAACUGACGGUAAAAAUACCCAAAACAUCCCCGUGCCAAAAUACCCAAACCAUCCCCGUGCCAACAGUCAUUCAGCUACUGCAAUGUAACGAGCAUGUCCCUACAGGUUCGGAAAAGGUUUAGAUUUGCUGUAACCCACUGCAUGUCGUAACGGCUACUUAGUGGGGCCCUGCAGAAUCGUUGGUUUUCCACAGUGUCUUCUGCUUCAUCCGUUGCACAUCUAUUGCAUUUUUUUUUUCUCUUCCUAAAAACUUCCUAAAACCCCUUUUGCCUUGGUGCUUUUGCUAAAGUUUGUUAGGCAAUUGGUACUGUUACCCUGGACGGAGCAUACCAAUGUCUUUCAAAAUGGUAGUUUUAACCCCUGCUUAACCUUCAGGAUUUAGGGUAAUCGCAACAAGCGGUUAACGCGUUGUCAGUAUAAUGCGACUGGAAGGAAUAUUGUGCCUUAUGCUUUCGACAUGCUUUUCCAGUGAGGAAGCAGUCAAAGUCAGAAUCAGUCCAGCAUACCCUUCCUCAAGCACAUAAACACACAUGCACUCAUACAUUACACAUAUGAAAGCACGUGUUUUAGUGGUAUAAACUUUUAAUAGAGCGUUGAACAACCUAAUGCUUAUGCCUGUCUCACACAGAACACACGGCUUAUAAGGUUGGCCACCCGUGUAAACCGUACAUACAACCGAACCAACCGUGGCCUUAUCCGAGUUACACUCGGGCCAUUCGAGUGCAUCCGUGAAAGCCGUGUAAGAUUUUUAAAACUUUAAAAAACUGGCACGGGUGUCAUGUCCGUGUAUGAUCGUAUAAGCGAUCGUACAAGACCGUGAGAGACCGUGUGAGACCGUACGAGACCGUAUAUACAACGGCACAUGAAGUCCACUCAACGAAUUAGCUCAACCGUGUCAAUAUCGUAUAUAAAUCGUAUGGAACAAAAGUCGGUGGGACUGUAUGUAAACCCUUUAAAUGUCCAGUAAAUCGAGUAAAAGUCGUGUUAAAUCGUACUAGGCCGUAACAGACCGUACUAGUCCGUACUUGGAACCGUACAAAAAUCGUAUGAAAAUCGUUUGCAAAUCGUGUUCAAACCGUGACAAACCUUGCUUGACCGAGUAUAUCCGUCCUGUUCGUACAUACUCGUGCUACAUUCGAGUCUAAAUCGUACUAACUCAUCCCCUGGCACGGUUGGAGCUCAAUACUCGUACCAGUUAACCCGUGUAUAACCGAGUAUACCGUAUUGGAACCGUGUGCCCAACCGUGUUCUGUGUGAGACAGGCUUAAGAAAUCAAGCAAUCAAUUAAUGCACAAACCUGUGUAACAAAUAUAAAUCCCAAAUACACACUUUACUAUCAGCAAGUACCAUGGCUAACGUAAAAACAUGAGCGUAAUAUAACAAAUCAUGUGAUUUUCUGCCUUAACCAUUGAAUAAGAAGGUUUAUAUUUCAUAGCGUUAAAUUGUCUGUAAUAUCCGUAUUACUAAUGGCCAGAACCAAUUCAAACAAAUCAUUCUACAAUAAGUUGUACACUUAUUGUACAUGAAGAUGUCGAAUCUAAGACUCCCCACAUGUAACUAGAUUCUCAAUUAAAAUAUUCUCUGUCAUAUGUAUCUUGUGAAAUCCAUAUAAAUCGUAAUGCUGAUUGGAAAGUGCGUACGUCAUAAUAGAUGGCAAACCAAAUCUUGUUAAGUAUCGUGUUUGUAACGUUUGUAUAUAUACAUAAUACUAGACUUGCCAUGCUGUGUCUAUUCAUGUUGAUCAUGUACUGCUUGUAGCGGUUAUGAAUCAGUUUAUUGUUGUUUAUACCUUGCAAAAGAUAUAAUUAUUUACAAUUAUGUCAUACUUUCCAUUUAUGUGAACUACUUUAUGUAUAUAGACUUAAAUAAAAGUACCACAUUACUUAACAUCA